AUGAAUUAAGAAUUAGAGGGUUAAAAAAGCAAUUUUGAAAAUUCUACGCAAUUAACUACUCAAUUUGAAAAUAUUCUAAUAGAAUGGAAUUAAGAAAUUAAUAGUGAAGAAAAUCUAUAGAAAUAAUUACUAGCAUAAAUCAGAAAUUUCGAUGAACAAUCCUUAAUCUAGAAGGCAACUCUUUAGAAAAAUAGAAUAUAAUAGUUGUAAAUGUAUGAGCAGAUAAAUGAAAAUAAUAACAAUGCUCUGAAACAGCUCAUCUAAGAUAAGCAAUUAACAUAAGAAUAGCAAUUGAAAUUUAUUAAGGAGCAACACGCUUAGGAAAUAGCAAUGCAUUAAAAGAAUCUUGAAGAGAACAUUCAAAAAAAUCUUAAAAUAAUCAAUAAUUUAGUUUAAGAAAAAAAAGAAAUGAGCGACCAGUUGGAGGAAGUCUUUCAAAAAUUGGAAGAAGAAAAGGAAUCGAAUGCACAAAAAUUAAAAAAAAUGAAAAUAUUUUAUGAAUAAGAGAUUAAAAACUAAAAGGAUUCUAUUCUUUCUAAGGAGAAAAAAGAAAGAGAGAAAUGGUAAAAGGAAAAAGCUGAAAAGAUAAGAGAACUGACAAUAAAAGGACUAGAACCAGAAUUAUAAAAUUUAAUAGAAAAACACAACCUUGAGUUAAAGUAGCUUAAGCUAGAUUAUUAACAAAAGUUACUAAAAAUGAGAUAAGAAUUAUCAGCUGAGUAGCAAUUGUAGCUUUAGUAGAUAAAAAAUUCAUAGUUAUUCUUUACAAGCAAUAUAGACUUCAAUCAGUUAACAAUUAACAAUAAUAUUAGCGCAAUAAAUAAAAACGAUAAUAUUUAAAUAGACAAGCACUCUUCUAACAAUUUGCAAGAUGAAUGUCAAUUUGAAAAGUCUCCUUUCAUAAAUCAAAAUCCAGCAAUUUUGGAUGAAAUAUCAAAUUCGAAUAAUCCUAACGCUGCACAAAAUGAAAAUAGAAAUGGAAUUUUUAGCAGCUUUAAUUGUAAUCCAUCUAUUUCUAAUCAAAAUUCUGAUAGUAAGCUUUAAAAAAUUUAACAACUAAAUUAGAAAAAUUUUAAUCUCAAAGUGCCUGAUAAGGCAGAAGGCUAAAUUAACAAUAUUUAUUCUAAUCAAAGUCAAUUUUAGUUUUAAUAUAAUAACAAUAAUAAUAGUAAUAAUAAUGUAUAAUAACCUUCGCAAUAAUCUCAAUUACCUCAAUUAAUCAUAAAUAAUAGGGUGUAAAAUAAUUUUCUUACUCCUCAUAUAAAAAAGAAGACAAACAAAUAAAAUCUGCUCAGUAACAAUUGA